UCUCCCCAUCAACACGCUCGAAUCCAAAAUCUCCAGAGGCCAAGAAGAGAGAGAGAAACCAUGGACGCCUUGGCUUCGCAGGCGGCCAUAGCCCAGAAGACAUGGGAGCUCGAGAACAACAUCCUCUCCACCACCGCCGGCGCCGGCGCCGGCGACCCUUCCAAGCCUGACCAGUCCGACUCCAUCUUCUUCUACGACGAAGCCGGCCAGGCCAAGUUCCAGCAGGACAAGCCGUGGUCCAACGACCCCCACUACUUCAAGCGCGUCAAGAUCUCCGCCCUCGCCCUCCUCAAGAUGGUCGUCCACGCCCGCUCCGGCGGGACCAUCGAGGUCAUGGGCCUGAUGCAGGGGAAGACCGACGGCGACGCCAUCAUCGUCAUGGACGCCUUCGCCCUCCCCGUCGAGGGCACCGAGACUAGGGUUAACGCCCAGGCCGAUGCGUACGAGUACAUGGUCGAUUAUUCGCAGACCAACAAGCAGGCUGGGAGAUUGGAGAAUGUUGUUGGUUGGUACCAUUCGCAUCCUGGAUAUGGAUGCUGGCUCUCCGGUAUUGAUGUUACGACGCAAAUGCUCAACCAGCAGUUUCAAGAACCCUUUUUGGCUGUUGUCAUCGAUCCCACGAGGACUGUGUCUGCGGGUAAAGUGGAGAUCGGGGCAUUCAGGACAUAUCCAGAAGGAUAUAAGCCUCCGGAUGACCCUGUUUCCGAGUAUCAAACUAUUCCUCUAAAUAAAAUCGAGGACUUUGGCGUGCACUGUAAACAGUAUUAUGCUCUCGAUAUCACUUAUUUUAAGUCCUCUCUUGAUUCCCACCUCCUGGAUCUGUUGUGGAACAAGUAUUGGGUGAACACUCUUUCAUCUUCACCCUUAUUAGGAAACGGAGACUAUGUUGCUGGACAGAUUUCUGAUCUAGCCGAAAAGCUGGAGCAAGCAGAAAAUCAGUUGGCACAUACUCGCUUCGGGCCAUUGAUAGCACCUCCUCAGAGAAAGAAAGAGGAAGACUCUCAACUCACCAAGAUUACUCGUGAUAGUGCAAAAAUAACGGUAGAGCAAGUGCAUGGCCUAAUGUCACAGGUUAUCAAGGAUAUUCUUUUCAAUUCUGUCCACCAAUCCCAAAAAUCCUGCUCAGAGCCAUCUGGGCCUGAACCCAUGGUUGAGACCUGAUGCCGACAUCCAUGUGUUACCGCAGCCGAUGCAUACAUUUCCUCCGGCCUUCAUUUGCGGUAGACUAUGAUGAGGUUGAAUCCAAGGGAAUCAACUAGGAUGCACAUUUUUCAUGGAUAAUGAUUUUGUAAAUUAUCCAGCAUCAUGUCAAAUUGGUUGGAUUUUAUGGUGGCUGAUGAGAGGUGACUGGUGGACAGCGGUGGAUCAUUAGAUACAAACAUUUAAGUAGGGGUAGUUGAAAUGAGAUGUCCUUGGAAGUCCUUGGCAAUGCAGGCGUAUUUCGGGUCUUCUUGGUUCUUAACCCUUGCAACUUUGGGUUUGUUCUGGAAGAAGUGUACUUUCAACUCUGAUCUUCUUUCGAACGGGGGACGAGUAUGACAUAACUCCUGCCGUGAUUCUCAAGUGUUUGACACUGGCAUCCGACUUGGUAUCAUCUCUGCUUCUGAGGCUGGCUACGGCUACCAUGUUAUGCGUCCGUCUGAAUUUUUUUAGCAUAGUGUGAGCUAUUCCCUUGAUCUUUUAACUAUGAGAAAUAGUCUAAUCUUCUGGGCAGACUAUGGCCCUGUCUA